AUGGCAUUCCCCUGCGAGGCUGUCAUGCUGCAUGUUCUCCUGUCCUGUGUGAGUGAAGUUGAGGGUGCAAAGUUCACCUUCCUACUAUCUCUGCCUAACAACUCUGUGCCCUUUAGUGUGGGCAGGAUUGGGGCAAGCGCUCUCAUUGCCAUGGACACUGUGAACCAGAGCCCUGACUUGUUGAUAGGUCACAGCCUGGAGUAUGAGUAUGUGGAUGAUGAGUGCUCUGAUGUACAUGGUCCAGGAAAGAUAGUGGAGAGGCUGCAAAAAAAGAAAUACAGUGCUUUCAUUGGCCCCGGUUGCUCCAAUGUAUGUGCCAUUGUUGCCAAGCUUGCGGUCUUCUGGAAAAUACCUGUCAUCAGUCCCACAUGUGCAGACCAGCAGUUCCUAAACAAAACGGGAUAUCAAACUCUUACUCGAGUGUUUGGUCCCUUCACCAAAAUGGGAUCCUUCUUUGUGAAGAUCUGUGAGAAGUUUGGCUGGAAGCGUAUUGGCAUCAUAUACAGCCCGAUUCCAGCCUGGACAAUACCUGCUGAGGGAAUUAGGUACCAAGCUCAGAUUUCUAAUAUCACAGUGGCAAAAUUUGUAGAGUUUCAAACUCAUCCUCACCAAGAUGAAACUUCCCAUGUACUGAUGGAAGUGGCUAAGGUCUCACGCAUCAUAUUCAUCUCAGUUCCAGGAGAGGCUGUCAGGAGCUUCAUGAUCCAAGCCUACAGAAAAGGGCUAAUAAAUGGGGAGUAUGUCUUCUUCUGCAUUGAGCCUUACCAACUACCAGAGGUGUUUGGCAUAUUUGACUGGAAAAGAGGAGAUGAGGACGAUUCUGUGGCUAAGGGAGCCUACCGGGCCUUAUUCCUCUUGUCUCUGUACGAGCCUGAUGAUCAGAGGUAUUGGAACUUCUCCGCUGAGGUCAUUCGUCGCUCAAAAGAUGACUUUGGUUAUAAAUACUCAAGUGAUGAAAAGGUGUCAAUAUUUGCAGCCAUUGCUCAUGAUUCAGUAUGGCUGUAUGCACAGGCCCUGAAUGAAACUUUAGCUAAGAACGGAGACCCUUACGACGGCUUCAACAUCACCCGCAAAAUGUGGAACAGAACAAUUACAGGUAUACAGGGUGAAGUAACAAUGGACGCUAAUGGAGACAGAGAGUCUGCCUACAUGAUGAAGCACAUCCAGGGGGAAGAAGGAGAAUUCAAAGUUAUUGCCAACUACUUUGGGACCAAAAAGGAGUAUGAGCCAGUGAUGGGAAUCCAAAUCAUCUGGCCUGGGGGAAGACAGAGCCCACCUAAGGACACACCUGAAUGUGGUUACAACGGCGAGUUCUGCGCAGAGCGAAGACUUCUGAUUGUCAUGGGAAUGAUUGCUGGUGUUUUAUCUGCAGGGACAGUUGCUGUUUGUUUGCUCUACAGGAAGUACAUUCUGCGUGAAAGUCUCCAUGAAAGGCUGAUGUUGUGGAAGGUUGACCCCAGUGAAGUCACACUAAUCGCCUCCUAUCCUGCUGGCAAGGUUUCUUAUCCAAACUCCAAGGCCUUUCACACACACUCGAUGGAGUCCAUCUUUGCCAGCAUGAAAGACAAACCAGCUCUGCACAGAACAGGCAUCUAUCAAGAAAACAUUUGCUGGGUGCGUUUCCUAAAGGUGAAGAGUGUGUGUCUGAAUGCAGAGCUACUACGUGAACUGAAACAGUGCACAGACAUGAGCCAUCCAAACAUCUGCACCUUCAUUGGUGCAUGCCUGGAGACCCCACAGCUCUUUCUGAUUACUGAGUACUGCCCUAAAGGGAGCCUGCAGGAUAUUUUAAAUAACAGCUCAAUCAAGCUUGACUGGACCUUCAAAUAUUCCCUGAUGUUGGACAUUGUAAAGGGUAUGGACUACCUUCAUCGAAGUCCUCUGCAUUCUCAUGGUCACCUUUCCUCCUCAAACUGUGUCGUAGACAGUCGUUUUGUGUUGAAGGUGACUGACUAUGGUGUGAGCCACCUCAGACGAACACCACCCAACAUCGAGACCCUGGACCCCUCCUCAGAGCAGUGGACCACCCUGCUGUGGCGGGCCCCGGAGCUGUUGAGGAACAACAUGCCCCCCUCUGGCACCCAGAGAGGUGAUGUUUACAGCUUUGGUAUCAUUGUUCAAGAGGUAGUCUACCGCUGUGGCCCUUUCUAUAUCCCCAGCUGCAAGCUCACAGCACAAGAGAUAGUAGAGAGGGUGAAAAGAGGCGGCAGCAGUCCUCUACGGCCCCACACAGACACGAGCCAAUGUCCAGAGAGUGUGGAGACUCUCAUGACGUCUUGCUGGAGUGAGAGACCCGCUGACAGACCUGACUUCUCCUCCCUCCGCCUCACUAUCAAGAGGCUCUUCCCUACUGGUGGAAGCGACAACAUCCUGGACAACCUUUUGUCUCGUCUGGAGCAGUAUGCUACCAACCUGGAGGAGGUGGUGAACGAACGCACUGCCCAGUGCCUGGAGGAGAAGAGGCGUGUCGAGGGCCUACUCACCCAGAUGUUGCCACGAUCUGUGGCUACGCAGCUCAUUGCUGGGAAUACGGUGCAAGCAGAAACCUACAACUGUGUCACCAUUUAUUUCAGUGACAUAGAGGGAUUCACAGCCAUCUCAGCCAGAAUCACACCUAUGCAGGUGGUAAAACUACUGAAUGACCUGUAUACAUAUUUUGACAAUGUCAUUGACAACUAUGAUGUUUACAAGGUAGAGACCAUUGGAGAUGCCUACAUGGUAGUAUCUGGUUUACCAAUCAGAAAUGGAGAUGAUCAUGCUAAAGAGAUUGCUCGGAUGUCUUUAGCGAUACUAGAGGGCCUGAGGCAAUAUCAGUGCCCACAUGUUCCACACCAGCAACUCAAAAUUCGCAUUGGAUUACACUCAGGACCUUGUGUAGCAGGUGUUGUUGGUCUGAAAAUGCCCCGCUAUUGUUUGUUUGGAGAUACAGUCAAUACUGCAUCAAGGAUGGAGUCGCAUGGAUCACCUCUAAAGAUCCAUAUAAGCAGCUCCACCAAGGAACUUCUGGACUCUUUCAAAACAUUCCAGUGUCAACUGAGAGGAGACAUCCACAUGAAGGGAAAAGGACUUGUGAGGACAUUUUGGCUUCUGGAAGAGACACAGUAA